AUUCAGUCUAAAAGUCACAAGAUUCACGAAAUCACAAAUCUUUCUCAUUUCAAUUCAUUGGAUACGUGUUUCAUGUAGAUUGAUGGUAGUUUCAGUGCAGUGUUGAAAUUGUAUAACUUCGUAAUUAUCUUAGUAGUUAAUAUUAAUUAGACAUGUGUUUCUUUAGUUCCCUCUUCAUAAGGAUGGGAUCAUUGCAUUUAUUUUUGUAACUUGAAUGGAGCCAGAAGGCAAAGUACAGGAAAAUCAUUGAAUGAUGCAGUCCAUAUUCUGGACAGGCAGAGUGUUAUCACGUGCUAUAAGAAAUGGACUCUCGAGUCUAAAUAGUGCUGCUGAAUUAAGCGUUUCGAAUAAGAAACAUCCGUAUCUAGUUUCAGUGGUUUGUGGUUUUCCUAAAGAUAUUGCUAAUGGAAGAACCCAUAAAGGCCAGUUCGGAGACGACGCAUGGUUCUCUACACAAUUUAGCAAUGCUGAUGUCAUAGGAGUUGCAGAUGGAGUUGGAGGCUGGAGAGCAUAUGGUAUUGAUCCAGGGGAGUUUUCCUCAUAUCUGAUGAGAACCUGUGAGAGACUUGUGCGAAUGGGCCACUUCAAAUUGUCAGAACCUGGAGACCUCUUAGCUAAAUCUUAUUAUGAACUAUUGGAACAUAAGAAACCAAUCUUAGGUAGUAGUACAGCAUGUGUUAUGAUCUUAGAUCGUAACGAGAGUAUAAUGCGCGCGGCCAACAUCGGCGAUAGCGGCUACAUGGUGGUGAGAGCCGGACGCAUUGUUCACCGCUCACAUGAGCAACAGCACUACUUCAAUACACCUUACCAGCUCAGCUUACCGCCACCUGGGCACGAUAGGAAUGUCCUCAGUGAUAGGCGGCUGCAGGCUGUUGCAAACUCAAUCGCAUGGAUGGCACGAAACCUGUCCUUUGACGGCUGUUACAUGUCGCCCUUCGCUAAAAGCGCGCGACAAAACGGAAUAGACGCAAUAGGUGGAAAACCCGACGACAUAACGGUGCUACUCGCAAUCGUAGCGCUAUGAGAUUGUCCCGACGCUGCGAUAUCGGCCGGACAUCGCUUACGAGGAAUUAGUAAAAUUAUAAACGACACCAAAAAAUUGCAUAUUUGGUUAUUCAACGAUAAAAUAGUUGUAAUUUUUAGGAUGUUAUACAAUUACGACAUUGAUUUCGUCAUCGAGAUGUGACAACCCUAGUCGCUUGUGAACACGGAAUUGUCUAUGAAUCAUAUGUCAUGUGAAUUUACUUUUUUAGGUUAUCUUAAAACAAAUUAGAUUAAUUACCAACGCCUUGUUAAACACACAUGUUUGUCCUAAAAAAUGAAAGGUAUAACAACGGAAGUCUCAUUUAGUAUGAUUUUUUUACUAAAGCCAAUGUUUUUUUGCAAUAAAUUAUCUGUAAUUGUCGAAUGCCAUGCAUGUUCUGAUAAACAAGAAAGUUGUCUGUAUAACAAUGAAUGUUUCGAAGUUAAAAUAAUGUAUAAUAAAAUAGAUUAUAGGCGCUUAUUUGAACACUACAAUGUCAGCAAUUUAUUGCGAUCUUUGAGACUUGUAUCUAUAGACAAUCGAUACAUAUUUUUGUGAAUAAUUUGAUGCUUGUAAUACAAAAAUUGACAAAUAUCCGAUUAAUUUAUCCAGUUGAUUAUUUAGGGCAUUCUAUAAAAAAAAAACUUAAAAAUCGGUUAUAAAAUAUCUGUGAAUUUUAGCUGAUGUGGUGUAAAAGGUAUUAGUGUUAAUAUUUGAUUUACUUAUGUGAUAGUAUGGUGUAGUUAAUUAUCAGUUUUCACUUUAUGGCUGUAACUAACCAGUAUGGGUGAUAUUUGAGAUCUUAUUGUGUGAAUAGAGAUAUUUGCGACUUGAAUGUAUUGGUGAAAGACUGAAUUAAUUUUAUUGGUAUGAUUUAAAAAAAACUGAACAUUUUUAAUGUUAUUUUUCGAAUCAAUUUCAUGUAACUUGAAUGUUUCGACGCGAAUUCAUCUGUUUAAUUGUAAUUCAUAUUCUUUUACUUAAUUCUAACAAAUAUCAACUUCGUGACUUCUCAUUUAAUUAUUAAAUCAUGAUUCCCCAUCAUUUUAAUGCUAACAAAUUAAAUUGUUAACUCAAGAUUUUAUUUGUAAUUUUAAAUGUUGAUCAUGUGACAGUAAUGUCUACAACAGUGGGUAUAUUUAAUUUUUCAUCUUGUUCAUUGUCAUUUUAAAACUACCCUCACAUAAAAUAUAGGAAUCUGUUAAAUAAUAUAAGUCGCAUUUAGUGACUGUUUAAGAAAUCUGUUUUAAUAGAAUUUAAUAGAAUGUUCUAGUUACAGCAUUUACGAAGCCCUUUUCGACCAUUUUUUUAAGGCUUCAAAGUUUGUUAAAUGGCUCAUUUGUAAUUAUAUUUAUUGCAACUCAUUCAUAUUAAUUUAUUUUUUUAUGGGACUGUGUGGGACUUUCCGUUUGUGUGGUUAUGAUUGACAUUACGAAGUGAUAUUCAAAUGUGAGGCUACUUACUGUGGUUGCUUCAAGCUUACGUCUUGAGUGGGUGACAAAAAAUUCUUGUAGAUUGUGUAAAAAGUUGCAAAUAAAAAUUAUGAAUGAAA